AUGAAAACAGGUCGGAAUGAACUCAUUGCUCGUUACAUCAAAUUGCGAACUGGCAAAACCCGUACAAGAAAACAAGUAUCUAGUCACAUUCAGGUGCUGGCUAGACGACGAACCAAGGAUCAUCGUGAUGGGGAUAGGACAGACAGUGACGAGGAAUUCGAUGAUGAUCUCGGUGAGGCAGACGGGGAUGAAGAAGAUAUAGCAGAGGAUGAGGAAGAGGACGGGAUGGAGGAGGAAGAGGAGCAGUGGAACCACCGAGGGGUAGUGGAUGACAUUGACAAAAAUGUGAGGUCUUCUUCAAGUGUUAGUGGUUUCUCGCCUUCAACAGCCAACGUCCCAGUGUCUUCGAAAUUGUUUUCGAACACAGAAGAAGCGUUAGACCUAGCCAUGCCUCGUCACGUGGACGAUAAGCACCGACCCUCUUCUUUCAACUACCCGGCCUGGCAAAAACUGUUCCACACCGGUACCCGUCGACCACAUCAAAUAUCUGGCGGUUUUCCGAAUGUGGAUAGCAGUUUCAAACCAGUGAAACCAGAAAAGGAUGAAAACUCAUGUACUUCACAUAUGGCAUCUGUUUCCAGCAAAUACAAAUCAACGGAUUUCCCCAUAUGUACUACAGAAAGUGGAUAA